AUGUGCAUCUCACUUGUUUUUUUAUACUUUAAAAAAAAAAAAAAAAAAAAAAAAAAAAGAAAAAGAAAAGAAAAGAAAGAAAGAAAGAAAAAAAGCACUCAUUAGGGUUUUACUGGCUGAAGUCACUGUUUGAUGAACUCUGUCACCGCAGAUAUAUACGCACACAAAAGAUCGCUCGCAGCAAAUGCUCUUGAAGAGGCUGGAUCUCCAAUCCUAAACGAAGAAGUUCAAAAGGGUAAGGUAUGAGAACCGAAAACUCAAUCUGAUACCCUUCAGAUUUCAGAAUUUCUGUUGCGUUUUUUUUAUUCUUUUUCCCCCAUUUUAUACUUUCCAUUUCAGCUGUAUUGAAAGAUGUAUGAAUGACCCAGAAACAAUCUUGACCUAGAAAUCAAUGAACCACAUAUUCUAUACAUUCUUAUUGUAGCUAGGGCUUCACAACUUGCCAUGUUAAUUCGCAGAAUCAGUAAAAGGGUAUCUUUUACCUCUGAAAUGAUAUCCCAACUCAACCACUUGUUUCUUUCUCCUGGUGUUUCUGAAAAACCCAGUAGUAUCCAGGGUCCAUCUUUGAUGUCAUUGCAAGUUCAAUACUUUUGCAGUUCUGGACCUGCCCGAAAUCCUAAAGCCUCUGUUACUGAAUUUACUAGUUCACCCAUUUCUCUUGCUGGAAAUCGAAUUACUCGGGUUGCGAGGACCGAGGCCCAAGAGGCACUCUUUGAUUAUUUGCAUUGUACUAGAAGCUUCGACUUCUCAGAUGCAGAUCAUGUUAGCAAGAACUCGCCUCAAUUUCUUCAGAGGUUGCUCUCUAGGGUUGAUAACCAGCAAAAUGUUUUGAGGGCUUUGUCAAAGUUCCUUCGAUACAACCCCAUUAAUGAAUUUGAACCAUUCUUCGAGAGUUUGGGGUUGACCCCAUCUGAACUUCUACCACUUCUUCCUAGGGACUUGAUGUUUUUGAGUGAUGAUCAUGUCAUGGUCGAUAACUUGCAUGUUCUUUGUGGUUAUGGGAUUCCUCGUGCUAAGAUUGGUAAGAUGUACAAGGAAGCAAAUGAGAUACUCAGAUAUAAUAAAGGGGUAUUGGCUUUUAAACUCAGGGCUUAUGAAGAAUUAGGUCUGAAUAAAUCCACAGUUAUUAAGCUGGUAAGUUGCUGCCCUUCAAUUCUGGUUGGUGGUGUUAACAAGGACUUCGUUUUGCUUCUUGAAAAGUUGAAAGGUUUAGGAUUCGGAAGUGCUUGGAUUGGAGAAUAUUUAUCCAGCAAAAGCACAUACAACUGGAAUAGAAUGCUUGACAUAAUGGGUUUUCUCGGUGAAGUGGGUUAUAGCGAGACACAGAUGGGGGAUUUGUUUAAAAUACAUCCCACAUUAUUGUUUGAAGGUUCUGGGAAAAGGUUAUAUGUAUUAGUCGGCCUAUUACUCAAAUUGGGUAUUAAGAUGAAUGUGGUUUAUUCUUCAUUCUUACAAAAUCCUCAAAUUCUAUCAGCAAAGUGCACAAAGAAUCUUUGGCAGGCAGUGCGUUUCCUGUCUGAGAUAAGAAUGGAAAGAGAAGAUAUUGCAAAAAUUGUAUCUGCACACAUGCAACUUCUGGGUUCACACACUCUGAAAGGACCCAAAACGGUUAAGAGAAAUUUAGGGGCGAAGAGAGAUAGUUUAUGUCAAAUUAUUAAGGAAGACCCUAUGAAGUUGCUCAGCUUGGCUUCUACAUCGAGUAUUAAUGGCAUUGAACAGGCAGUGUCCCAAAAUCAAACUAAGUUUCUGGAUAAAACGGCAUUCUUGUUGAGAUUGGGUUAUGUUGAAAACUCAGACGAGAUGACAAAAGCUCUGAAACAGUUCCGAGGCAGAGGGGAUCAGUUACAGGAGAGGUUUGAUUGCUUGGUACAAGCUGGUUUGGACUGCAAUGUUGUAUCAAAUAUGAUUAAACAAGCUCCACCGGUGCUGAACCAGUCCAAGGACGUGCUUGAGAAGAAGAUUGAUUUUUUGAGAAACAUAGGUUAUUCACUAGAAUCUGUUGCGGCAUUUCCUUCAUACUUGUGUUACGAUAUGGAGAGAAUCAAUCUUAGAUUUUCUAUGUAUUUAUGGCAAAGGAAGAGAGGUGCAGCAAAGCUCAAAUUGUCUCUGAGCACAAUCCUUGCAUGUUCAGAUGCACGAUUUGUUAAAUAUUUUGUGGAUAUCAAUUUGGAAGGUCCAGCCGUGUGGGAAAGGUUUAAAAGUUCCCUACCUUCAAGCUAAGAUCAAAUUCUAUCCUUUAUUUGUAUAAAUAUUUUUUUGCUAUGUGUCCUUUAUUUGAAUGAUAAGCGGAUCACCCCACCUUUGUUUUGUUUGCUGAAUUUUUGCUUUGGUUCAGUUGCUGUGUUUUGACAUAUUCAUGGGGUGUUAUGCCCAAACAUAAAAAGCAACCAUUUCUUUUUUGGUUUUAGUA